CUCCUCUCUCUGGGUCAGUGGUGAGGGGGCAGGGUGGCUCCUCAGAGCAAGGGUGGCAGUUGGGCCGAGGGAACCCAGCUCUGCUCAGCUGCCACUGCCCAGACCCCUGGCCCCACCCCAUGGCAAAGGAGACUUUCCCCUUCACCUCCUCCACACUGCGCUCUCUCCGCCUGCAGCGGGAAUGGCUGGAGUGGGAGGACCGGCGGCGGGCUGCGGCCCAGCAGUGCAGGAGCCAAAGGUGCCCCCCAAGUUCCCGGGCCCAACUCACUAGGCCACGCUGCUCCUGCCGCGACCCAGCUGUCCACAAUGCCCUGUUCUCUGGCGACCUGCAACAGGUCCAAGCUCUGUUCCAAGAUGAAGACGCUGCCAACAUGAUCGUGGAGACUGUGAGCAAUCAGCUGGCCUGGUCGGCUGAACAGGGGUUCUGGGUGCUGACCCCCAAGACCAAGCAGACAGCGCCCCUCACCAUCGCUGCAGCCCGAGGCUACACCGACUGCGCCCGCCACCUGAUCCGGCAGGGAGCUGAGCUGGAUGCCCGGGUCGGGGGCCGGGCAGCCUUGCACGAGGCCUGUGCCCGGGCCCAGACCGACAGUGUGCAGCUGCUGUUGGCCUUCGGCGCUAAGGCCAACGUGCUGUCUGAGGAGGGCAUGACCCCCUUACACCUCUGCACAGCCCCCGAGUCCUUACAGUGCGCCAAGCUGCUGCUUGAGGCAGGAGGCACCGUGAACCUGGCAUCGCGGGACAGCGAGGUGACGCCCCUGCACGUGGCGGCUGCUCGCGGCCUGGAGGAGCAUGUGGCUCUCUACCUGGAGCACGGCGCCGACGUGGGCCUGCGCACCAGCCAGGGCGAGACCGCCCUGAAUGCUGCGUGCGCGGCGGCCGAGGGCCCAGGCUGUGGCCGGCGGCACCAGGCAGCGGCGCGCCGGCUUCUGGAGGCUGGGGCUGAUGCCCGGAUGGCCGGGCGCAAGCGGCACACGCCGCUGCACAACGCCUGUGCCAACGGCUGCGGGGGCCUGGCCGAGCUGCUGCUGCGCCACGGGGCCUGCGCUGCAGUCCCCAACGGGGCAGGCGACACACCCAUGGAUUGCGCGCUGCAGGCCAUCCAGGACGCCACCAACUGGGAACCCGAGGUCCUCUUCGCGGCGCUACUGGAUUACGGGGCCCAGCCUGUGCAGCCUGAGAUGCUGAAACACUGUGCCAACUUCCCUCGGGCCCUGGAAGUCCUGCUAAAUGCCUACCCUUGUGUCCCAUCCUGUGAUACCUGGGUUGAGGCAGUGUUCCCAGAGCUGUGGCAGGAGCACGAAGCCUUCUACAGAUCAGCCCUGUGCAUGGUGAACCAGCCAAGGCGCUUGCAGCACCUGGCCCGGCUGGCUGUGCGUGCUCAGUUGGGUAGCCGCUGCCGACAGGCUGCUGCCCGCCUCCCACUGCCCCGGCUCCUCAGGGACUACCUGCUGCUGCGUGUGGAGGGGCGCAUCCAGUGAGCCCCAUGUCAGGCUGCUCCCACAGCUUGUCCUGCCCCCUCCAUCCGUCGUCCCCCCGCAAUCCUAGAGGACCAGUCCCUGGCUCUCUUGUCCUCUCUGCAUGCCCUUCCGGGCCAGCUCAGCCCUCCGCUGGC